GCGUGGGCGAACCACGUUUGCGAGUUGAUCGCCGACGACCCAGAUAAGGCGCACAGCCUGGUGGAGCUCCUGACCAAGAUGCAGGUGUGCCGGGACAUGCCUGAAGACGCGUGCAUCGGCGACAAGGCUUCGCACUCGUUCGUGGAGUCGAACGCUGCAGCGUCGGCGCUGCUCUCCCUGUUGAACCCUUCGAUUUCGGCUGACCUCAACAUGGGUGGCCCGGACACCGUUGGGAGCAUCAGCGGUGCGUCGCUGGGCGCCUCGAGCGAGACAUCCGUUUCCUCGGCAGUCGGCAUGGCCAUCAUGGAUGAGGUCGGGCGGUCUGCCAAGCUCAGCGCCGCCGUGAACGCGUUGAAGCCGUUUGAAGAGCACGCCCCCGAGAUCGCGGAAGAGUGGAAGUAUUCAAACGUCGACGUGGCCCAGCUAGCCGCCGACCGGUGGGCCACCGAGCUUGGGGGCCUCAUUGGCGAGCUGUCGGUUUUGGAGGCCGAGGUUCCAGAAACUUAUUGGUCGGAUGCGAGCCUGUUCGUCGUGGGCAAGCUGCGCAACGUGUCGGCCCACUUCCUCUCCGAGCAGACGCGGGCCGAGCUGCGGGCGAACGGCAGCGCGGAGACAGACGCAUUGACAGCACUAAGGCGCCUCGCGGAUUUCCCGAUCGACGAGGGCAGGGACUCGGCAGCCACUGCGUUGUGGGAGAAGCUUACCACGAUCGCCCCGAAGACCCUGCACGAAUCCUCCGCCAACUUCAAGCCGCUCCUGUACUAUUUUGCCAAGUCGUUGACGAUGGAUGAUCUCGGAAAGGGCCUGGGCUCUGUUAAAGCGCAGCUAACCCGCAAGCCCAGCGGCAUUUGUAUCAGCGAGAUGCCAGCGUACGCCAAGGUCUACAAUGUCGCGACGGGACUCAC